GAAUCACACCACGCGCAUCACUCUCCUCUGCCCUGCGCUACUCUGCUCGGCGUCUCUGCUGUCAGGGGGAUAACCAGAGUGGAAGCCGGUACAACAAGACACUUCGACGAGUAUUAUUGCACUAAGGAACAAUGACGCUAGCAGCGUACAAAGAGAAGAUGAGGGAGCUCCCUCUAGUGUCCCUCUUCUGUUCCUGCAUCCUGCCAAAGCCACAGGAGAAGAUCACCAAGACAAAAGAAGGUGUGGUGGACCUGAACCUGUGUAUCAUUAAAGACAUGGAGGUGAUCGAGCUGAAUAAGCGCGCAUCCGGCCAGGCCUUCGAGGUGAUCCUGAGGCCGCCAUCUUUUGAGGGCAACCACGACUUCCAGCCCACCAUCCCGCCCCGCCGAGACCCCUCCUUGGAGGAGAUACAGAAGAAGCUGGACGCCGCCGAGAGCCGGCGAAAGAGCCAGGAGGCCGAGCGUCUGAAGCAGCUGGCGGAGAAGCGCGAGCACGAGCGCGAGGUGGCCCAGAAGGCGGCGGUGGAGCACCACAACAAGGUCAAGAUGGCGCGCCAACGCCUGGAGCAGAAGAUGGAGGCCAACAAGGAGAAGCGGGACGCACACAUCGCCGCCAUGCUCGGACGCCUCCAGGAGAAGGACAAGCACGCUGAGGAGGUGAGGAGAAAUAAGGAACUGCUGGACAGUGAUGACAGUGAACGCAGUGAAUAG